AUGGAGGAAAAGAAGCAAAAGCUUGUGGGCGCCCUCAAGGGGCCGGCAGAGUUGCAACUUGUGCUCUAUCACACCGAAACUAUUGGCCGACAACUUUUUGCAUCGGCAGGCUGGCGUAUCCCGGCAUCAACGUACCGGCGGGUAAAUAUCCACCCCAACAAUGCGGCAACAUUGGAUUGUCAACGAGGUGGUCGGGUGUCAAUGUUCAGGCCGUGUUUCGGAGACUCUUAUGUCUUCCUCAAUCACUCCCGUCGCUUCACUUUGUCUCCCUAUACCAUAUUUGCGACUUUCAACAACGAACGACCAGACGAUUUGGCACGCCGUAACUCUCAUGCAUCUCGUAUCAUUGCCGCCUUUGCUAAGUUGAUGCUGAUAACAGGAACCUAA